UCUUCAAGCUGUUGGGUGUUCCUGGCUUUUGGGAGGUGCUUUAAAUCUGACUGCCAGAGCCGUGGGCUGCUGAGAGCAGAAGCUGCCUGCACGAUGCUGAGCUCAGGUCUUCCUCCCGUUCUCCUGGUGCUCUCAGUGCUGGAGCUGAGCUGGUCCCUGAGUGAUGAGGAAAAGAAGAUCAUUGUGGAUGAGCAUAAUAAAUAUCGCUCCCAGGUCUCUCCUCCUGCCAGGGCUAUGAUGAAGAUGACCUGGGACACGGAGCUGGAGGCCCUUGCUCAAUCCUAUGCAGAAAAGUGCAUCUGGGACCACAACAAGGAGAGGGGCCGACGGGGAGAAAACCUCUUUGCUAUGGCUCCAACCCUGGAACUAGAAUUCGCCGUGGAAGACUGGAACGGGGAGGAGAAAUUCUACAACUUGACAACAUCCACAUGUGUCCCCGGGCAGAUGUGUGGCCACUACACCCAGGUGGUCUGGUCCAACACGCAUCAGAUCGGCUGUGGGGCACAUUUUUGUGAGAAGAUCGAUGGAAUUGAAACAGAGAACAUGCACCUGCUUGUUUGCAACUAUUAUCCCCCGGGUAACAUGAAAGGCAAAAAGCCCUACAUGGAAGGACCCUCAUGUACAACAUGUCCCAAGGACACAGUCUGUGUGAACAACCUGUGUGAACUCGUUGUAGAAGAGACCACUCCGGCCUCUGUGACAAUGAAGGCAAGGCCAUCCACCCCAGGCACAGCCAAACCAGAGCCCACAGUUAAACCAGAACCCACAGCUACAGCCAAACCAGAGCCCACAGCUAAAACAGAGCCCACAGCCAAACCAGAGCCCACAACCAAACCAAAACUCACAGCUACAGCCAAACCAGAACCCACAGCCAAAGCAGAACCCACAGCACCAGUCCACACCACAGCUGAAGCAGAAACCACACCAGUGUCCACCACAUCUAAACCAGCACCUACAACACCAGUACACACCACAGCCAAAUCUGAACCCACGCUAGUGUCCACCACAGCCAAACCAGAACCUACAACCACACUUCCAACCACAACCACAGCCGAGCCACCACCCACACUCCCAACCACAGCCAAGCUCAAACCCCCAGCACAGGCACCCUUCAGCACAGCCAAGCCAAAACCUGCCAGCACACUCCCAACAACAACCCCAGCCAGCCCAAAACCCACAACACCGGCAGCCACCACAGCCACAGCUAAGCCAAAACCCACCACGCCAGCAGCCACCAGCACUGCAGCCAAGCCAAAGCCCACCACAGCUAUGGCCAAACCAACACCCACCACACCAAAACCUGCUCUAACCACCACAGCUACUAAGCCAACAACCACCACUGCCACCAAGAUGACACCCACCCCCCUGAAACCCACCACAACCGCCAGUACCACCAAACCAACACCCACCACAACCACCAAACUAACACCUACCACACCAAACCCCACCACAACCACCACUACAGCCCAGCCAAAAACAACCACAACUGUGGCCAAGCCAACACCCACCACAGCAAAACCCAGCCCAACUGUAGCUAAGCCAAAACUUGCUACAGCCACAGCCAAACCAGCACCCACCACACCAACAUCUACCACCACUACAGCCAAGCCAAGACCUGCUGCUACAACACUAGCACCUGCCACAACAGCAAAGACACAGCUGAAAACUGCCACAACCACAAAGCCAGAACCAGAAAGAUCUGAUCCUACUGAGGCACCUGGGAUCACUCUUUCCUUUGAGCCCACCUUAGAUCCAGAUGAUAAAGUAUCUCCAGAGGCAGACACUGUAGAGCCUCUUAGCUCCUUCACUACAGAGGAUCCAGCCUUAUCAGAAAGCAUGAGCACAGCCUUCAGCCCCAGAUCAGUCCCAGAAACAAAGAAAGGUGUCAAAGAGGAUGGGAAAGAGAAAUCAGCCUUUUACAGUCCAUCUCCAUCCCCCAGCCAAGCUGUUCCAGAGAUGAAGUUAGGUUCCAAUAGAGCUGAGCUGAUAACCCCCUCCAAGUCAGUGCUCCUCAGCCCUGAAGAACCCACGUUCUUGCGCUUAACAUCAUCCUCCAAAGACAAAAAAGGGCCGAGCCCCCAUUUCCAGAGCUCCCUCUCAGGUGCCCUGGACACAGAAGAACUGGAGACAAACUCGGACCAGACAAGUGUGGAUCCACCCAAAGGUGGAGCCUCCAGUAGCUGCCUGGGGCUUUCGCUCUUCCUCCUCCCCAGUGCCAUCCUGCUGGGCCUUCUGCUCUGAAGAGUCUUCCUCAGCUGUCCCUGCACCCCUCAGCAAGGCUUUUGUCAGCACUGGUUCUUCCACAGCCCUGGUAGGCUCAGGAGACUCCUUGGACAGUUGCCAGGCUCCCUCCUCACGCUGCCUUCCCUGCUGCAGCCCCGGCGAGCCCAGGGCAGCUGGCAGUGCUGGGGGAGCUCUGUCCCCUUCCUGAGGAGACCUGAGGGCAGCAGGGUGUUUGCCAUCGUGCUGGUGACCUUGGAUGCUUCUCCUUUCCCCUGGCUUCUGUUCCAUUCCCAGGCUGGAAGUGCAGAGCUCCCCCCACCCACAGUCCCAUAUGGCCACAGGCCCUGCCACAGAAUGAGCCCGGGGACAGCAGGGUGACCUGGGGACAGUCAGACAUGGUGGUUGGCUUUGGUGUUGCACAUGAGGCACGGUGGUUGGCUCUGGUGUUUGUCAGGAUGAAUUCCCAGCAGAAAUGCUCUUUUCCCUCCCCGUGUGUUUCUUUCAGUUCUGGGCAAGUUUUACCUCUUUCCCUUCUUGUCCAAACAGAGUGGCUGUUCUGAGGAUUCCUGUUUCCUCCUGCUUCUGGUGUAGCUCUGGCCAGCACUACCCAGCUGUUCCCCCCUCUCCUCCUCACACUCUGCAGGGUUUGCCUCCUCCCUCUCUGCUCCUCCCUCUCUCUUGCUCUCUGCACAUGUCCCGUUCCUCAGUUACUCCAAUGCCACAGAUCUAUUCAACGCCUGUGCCUGCACCUGUGUGCACGCACAGAAGAGAGACCUUCAGAGCUGAGAGAGGCCAUCAGCUCCUUCAUGUAGCUUUUCCCUGCAUGGCUUCAUUCUUUGCACCAUUUCUGUGUAUUUGAAUUUAAAUAUAGAUCCUGCUUUAUGUGUAA